AGACCACCGAGACCCUGAGCCAUUCCUCUGUGAUCAUGUCUGAGUCGAGUCUGUAUCUAUCGAUUACUCCGGUAAAGAGCGCGGAGAUCCCUGCCGAAGACGAGAUCAUCAAGGCCGGCAAGGAGCUCCUCGAGAGCACCGCGUCCUGGAAGCAGGGCAAGGUCUACCAGCACAACACCGUAAAGACCUCCUCGCGCUCCAAGGGCCCGAAGGAUGGCGCGGGCUGGUUCUGCCGCGUGAGCGAGCACGCGAAGGAGGACGCGACCUUCGACCAGUUCUGGAGCAAGCUCGGCCAGGACAAAGCAGAGAACGAGAUGCAGUACAUCCCGGAGAUCAAGAAAGUAACGUUGAUCAAGCGCAUCUCGGACACCCAGUCCGUGUGGACGCUCUUCUACCACUUCCCGCCGCCCGUCUCCCCGCGCGUCUUCACGGUCGUCCAGACGACCUGGCUCAGCACCGACUCGCCCAGGACCGGGCUCAUCGUCUCGCUCCCGGUCGACGUCUCGGACAAUGCAGACUACGCCAAGCUGGAGGAGAGCGGCGUCAAGGGCCGCUACGUGAGCGUCGAGCGCCUGCAGGAGCUCGAGAACGGCAAGGUCGAGUGGCGCAUGGCGACCUCCAGCACCCCCGGCGGGAAGAUCCCGCAGUUCGUCGUCGAGUCGUCCAUGGCCAGCACAAUUUCAAAGGACGUCGCGCAUUUUCUCGAGUGGCUGCAUUCGCAGAAGGGUAAGGAAGAGGUCCCUGCAGAAGCACCCGCGGUGCCCGGAGAGGCAGCGCCGUCCACGACGGCUGCGGUCCCCGCAGAAGUUGUGCAGGCCGCUCAGGCCGCCGGCCCUGGUGCGGCAGGUGCUGUAGCUUAAAUCGAAGUGGAUAGAUCAAGACAGUCUCGCGCUAUACCCCCUGCUGUGUACAGUAUCGUUGCGUUAUAUACGAUGGAUUUUCUGUUUG